AUGUGGGAGGCGAAGCUGGAGCCCACUGUCAUCAGCUACAACGCUGGGAUCAGCGCAUGCGAGAAAGGCGAGCAGUGGCAGCCGGCGCUGGCGCUGCUGAGCGCGAUGUGGGAAGCGAAGUUGGAGCCCACUGUCAUCAGCUACAACGCUGGGAUCAGCGCAUGCGAGAAAGGCGAGCAGUGGCAGCGGGCGCUUGCGCUGCUGAGCGAGAUGUGGGAGGUGAAACUGGAGCCCAACGUCAUCAGCUACAACGCUGGCAUCAGUGCGUGCGAGAAGGGCGGGCAGUGGCAGCCGGCGCUGGAGUUGUUGAGCGAGAUGUUGGAGGCGAAGCUGGAGCCCGACAUCAUCAGCUACAGCGCUGGCAUCAGUGCGUGCGAGAAGGGCGGGCAGUGGCAGCCAGCCCUGGCGUUGUUGAGCGAGAUGUGGGAGGCGAAGCUGGAGCCCGACGUCAUCAUCUACAGCGCUGGCAUCAGCGCCUGCGAGAAGGGCGAGCAGUGGCAGCCAGCGCUGGCGUUGUUGAGCGAGAUGCGAGAGGCGAACCUGGAGCCCAACUCAGCUACAACGCCGCGGUCACCGCAUGUGGGAACGGCGGGCAGUGGCAGCGGGCUCUCGCGCUGCACGGGGAACUGGGGGAGGCUACGUUGGAGCCCGACAGCUUCAGCCACACCGCCGUGA